AUUCAAAGAGUUAGCGAGGGUAAUGUUAUCACAGAAUCUCCCUCACCAGCUACCUCACAAAGUUAAGCCUCAAGUCUCAGCUUUUCCCAAUUCAGAGACUCUAUAUGCAAAACACCAAAACGAAACCCUAAGUCAACUUUUUAUCGAUCUCGAUCGAUUCGAUUCUUCUUCAAGUAAAACAUCUAAAAUGAGCCGUCCCCAGGAACCACACAGACCAUUCUUUCCUUUUGGAAAUCCUUUCCGGAUGAUAUCACCUAAAGGAUCUACCUUGUCUCCUCAACUUCUGGCAGUAUUACAUGCCUUUGAGGUAACUCUGGGAGAAAGGCUGAAAAAGCUUAUGCCCAAAAGCAAUGAUGAGAUACUCAGUUUAUCUUGGAUGACUUUGGCUAUGCAAAUGCUUAGUGAGACUCAUAAUGAUAUUAAAACCCUCAUAGCAGAUCUUGAUCUUCCUGUUCAUGAUUGGGAUGAAAAAUGGAUAGACGUGUACUUGGACAUCAGUGUAAAAUUGCUAGAUAUAUGCAUUGCAUUUAGUUCUGAGUUAUCACGCCUGAACCAGGGUAAUCUUUUACUUCAAUGUGCAUUGCAUAAUUUGAAUUCUUCCUCUCCAAAGCAGUUUACCCGAGCUCAAUCUUCACUUGAUGGUUGGAAGAAGCAUAUUGAUUCUAGGAACCCUAGGAUUGAAAAAUGUGAUGGAAUCUUGGAUAAUCUUGUUGGGUCACUUGAUCUGCCAAAGGUCAAAAAGUCUCCCAAGGGGAAGGUUUUGAUGCAAGCUAUGUAUGGAGUAAAGGUUCAGACAGUAUUUGUAUGUAGUGUAUUUGCAGCGGCUUUUUCAGGCUCGACUAAGAAGUUGAUAGAUUUGGAUGUGGCUGAAAUAUAUACAUGGGCUCCAGAAUUUAAAAGUUUGCAAAAUCUUGUAAAUGAGGAAGUUAGAGUUAGAUUUUCUAGUGGGCGAUUUACUGUGUUGAAGGAGUUGGAAGCAGUUGAUUCUGCUGUUAAGGAAUUAUACCCUAUUAUCCCUGAUGUGAUGGAACCCAUUGAGACAGAAUUGGAUCUGAAGACUGUUGAGCAAUUAGGCAGAGUGACGGAGAAGCUUUCAGAAGGAUUAGAUCUUCUUGCAAAAGGAGUGGAUGGCUUUUUCCAAGUGGUCUUGAGCAGUCGUGAUGCCUUACUAUCUAAUCUUAGAUCAGGUGGAACUGUCUAUGAUCGUGGCUCCGGGGGUAAUAUAGGUGUGCAAGCAGUCAAUUGAAUGUCUUGCAGCCUGACCUUGGUACAUACUAAAGCAUAUAGGUACUUGUUUUUCCAUUUUAUGAUUGAUGUUUUUCAAUCUUGUUUGGCUUAUUAUGGUGUCCAAGUUAGCAUGAGUAAUAGGUUAUAUGGUUGUUCUAUGGUGCUAAAAUGUACAUGUCUAUUGCUAUGUGUAAUUGCAUACAAUAAUAUAUAUAUAAGAAAGUUGUAUUGUGCCCAAA